ACGUAUGUACGUACGAUGGUCUUUUGAGUCAUUUUGCUUGGUUGUGUGUGUACAUUGGUCACAGCAUUAGAUAGUUUCCCUGUCCCCUUUUCUUACCCCUCCUCGAUUCCUUUAGUAAUGCAGUGGCUGCUACGUUACUAAUUGGCAUCAUUGGUAUUCAAAUUUUCGGUUCAUGCCAUCGAUUAACAUAGCGCGAUAGUGGAAAGUGCAGAUGGGUUUUGGCCGACUUCCAUAUUUUUAUCACAAAGCAGGCUUUUAAUUUUCGUUUGACAAUUAGAAAUCAAGCUCAAUCAGCAACCCGCUUACGUUCGCAAUUUAAGGUAUUAGCAGAACAUAACCUUGUCGACCAGUGGUUAAUACUGAUAAACAGCCAUCAUGUCUGUUGGACCGUACAACUACUCGUACAUUUUCAAGUACAUCAUCAUUGGAGAUAUGGGUGUUGGUAAAUCAUGUCUCCUCCAUCAGUUUACUGAAAAGAAAUUUAUGUCAGACUGCCCUCAUACAAUUGGUGUUGAAUUUGGAACCCGCAUCAUUGAAGUAUCUGGGCAGAAGAUAAAGCUGCAAAUUUGGGACACAGCUGGACAGGAACGCUUCCGUGCAGUAACUAGAUCAUAUUAUCGCGGUGCUGCUGGUGCAUUGAUGGUUUAUGACAUAACACGUCGCUCUACUUACAAUCACCUCAGUAGCUGGCUCACCGACACCCGAAAUCUUACCAACCCAAGCACUGUGAUAUUCUUGAUUGGAAACAAAUGUGAUCUAAAUGCUGCACGGGAUGUCACAUAUGAAGAAGCAAAACAGUUUGCUGAUGAGAAUGGUCUUAUGUUUGUUGAGGCCAGUGCUAAGAGUGGUGAAAAUGUAGAGGAAGCUUUUCUGGAAACAGCAAAGAAAAUCUAUCAGAGCAUUCAAGAUGGAAGGUUGGACCUAAAUGCAGCAGAGUCUGGAGUUCAACACAAACCCUCUCAACCUGGCGGCCGGAACACCCUUGUUAAUGAUCAAACUGCCAGCAAAGACAGCUGUUCGUGCUAAAUGUGUUGUCAACCCUUUACGCUAAGCAUCUCAGUGAUGUGGUUGCAUUGAAGUAAAAGCAAUGCCUCUUUACUUAGGCCAGUCUAACCGCCAAUGAAUGGAUGCUACUAUGGAGCACUGUACAAGAGGCAAUAUUGUGCAAGGACUUGUAUAGUGUUUAGCUGGAUGCUGGCAGUGUUAAUAAUACUAAAAUUGAUUAGGAGCCAUUUGGGCUGUUUGUGAUACAAAUAUAAAGCUGUUGGAAGGUGAAGUAUGGCUGUUAUGCCCUUUGGUUGCUUGACUGAGUUUUUCACUUGCAAAAGUAUUUUUGUAUGUUGCCAUACUGAGGCACUAUCACUCUACCCUCUUUAAAAAAAUAUGAAAGGAAGUGAGAGUGCUAGCACCUGUCUAUAGGUGGUUUAAUGCUUUUGCUAGGUCCAUUAUAGCGUCACCAAUUAUUCAAUGCGAGCAACGGGUUUACUCUUAAUUCUCAUCUAUUCUUGGUCAAAACUUUACUCAGGUUUACUUUUCUGAUAACUAUACAAUUAAUAUAAAAGGUUCUGGUUCAAAUCUAAUGAAGGAAAUAUUUGUCUCAAGCUGUUCACCCACUUGGUACAGAAAUCUUUUCAUUCUUACUUUCUAAUGAAAUUCAAGGUAAUGAAUGAGGUUUAACUGUGGCUUAACUGGAAGGAUGUCAAUGCAGUCAAAAUUUCUCACUUUUGUUUUAUUUUAACCAAGGUAUUUACUGUUUUAUUGUUUUAAUUAGCUUUCUCUGUCUCUUAAUGAAAUAAUCAUGCAAAUUUUAGCACAAGUUCAUUUUAUUGCUAAAACAAACCCAUUUCUUUCCAUUUCUUAAAGAAAUGGAAGAUACUAUUUACCAUGAACAAUAAUUGACAUACAAUGUAAAAAUAUAAUUAUUCUCAGAUUUAUUUUUUUAUGACAGGCUCAUGGGUAGUUUGGGUAGGUACACAGCAAUUUAAUUGUUGUAUUGUAAGGUAGAUUGUGUAACUUUAUUUGGCUUGACAUCCCUUUUUCACUUCUUGUGAACCAAGAAUCUUAUGUGAACACCAAGCCCUACUUUAAACAGAUCCUUGUUAACACAAGGUGAGGAGGUAACAAACCAUAAAGUUCAAUCUGCGGCUUUUAGCUGUAGAUGUAAGCUUUGGGAUUCAACUCUCCUAAUAUCAACCCUUGGCUAUUAAUUUUCCACUGAGCUUUUGAGCUUUUCUAGCUGUGUCAUUAGUGAAUUUGUAGGCAGGAGUUAUAGCAAAAUUGCAAUUUGCUAACAAAUUUGGUAUCUAGACAAAAUAGGAACUGAUUUGCUUUUCCUGUAUUUUUUCAGCAUUUUCUAGUAUGUCUACUUAAUUCUUAGAUGUCUCUCAGUAUUUACAUUGGAAUGCAACAGCGUGUAUAGAUUCGGGAGUUCUUCUUUAACCUGUGUUGGCUGUUACUUGUAAAUGCCAUGAUACCAAUACAAUUAUGGAACCAUUCUUUACCUCCUUUUAAUGUCCAAAUGAAAAUGCCAAAGUCCUUCAUUCCUUAGCUUUCAUUUUUUAACCUUGUAAUUAAUUAUUUAAAGGUAAGAUUAUUGGCGUUUAUAAUUUACAUGUUACACCUUAAACUAAUCUAGUAUUUGCUGUAGGAUUAUCUACUGGUUCUUUUAUUAUUUUGUGAGAGUGAUGUCUGCUGUAAUCUGAGUAUCGAGAGAAUUAUUUACUCAGCAUUUUUACAAGUGGCCAUAAACUUAAAUAGAGCCAUGCUGGUAGCUUGGUUAUUUGUAUGUAGAAUGUCUGAAUCCAAAUAAUUCCACUUCUGGCAAACAUGUUUUUGGCAUGGCUUGUCAAAUGCUGCCCAAGCUUUUUUGAUGAAUGGUACCAAAUAUAACACUGUCUUCUAAAAUGUUUCUUCAGCUUUCUCUUACUUAUACAGAAUGAAUUUGGGAUCAAAGAUGAUGUAGUAGAGUCUUCAAAUUUGGGGGCCCUAAACACUAUUGUCUAUGGCUGUACUGCUAAAUCUUUCCUUGUUAGGGAUUUUGUUAUCUGUUUCCACAUUACUUGUGUGUGAUAACUGAUAUAGUUGCUCCUUUGAAUAUGGUUAAUUUACUAUUAUGCUUUCUUGAAGGUUAAAAUUUAACUGUGAUUUAGGUAUUUCUUGUUUCAUUUUUCUUUGUAUGUCAACAUUGAAUCUGUACUUUUUUUUUAUGUCACUGUAGGAACCCUAUAGAAACAAACACUAUUGUUUUAUCUCAUGCUAAAAUUAUCGGUUGAGCAGAUUUUAAAACCAAGAAAUGAUGUCAUUACUGUACCACAGCAGUUAAUUGGUGAUUAUAUAUAUGGUGCGGAUCUUUAGUGAUUGAUACAGUCUUGUAUUUCCGUGCAGUUCUUUAUUGUUUAUGGUUUGAAAAUUUAUAUUUCUGUUUCCGACUUUAUGGAUACCACUUUGUGUUUUACAUGACUAUGAAAUGUACAACACAUGCAGUAGUCAUUGGAAGGUAAUGUGAUUGUGUGUAUAUGGUGUUUUUAUAUCUCAAUUUGUUGAUAAACUUUUACCUGUUAAAAUCUACUUGUAUGAAAUCAAACUUUAUUAGAAAGAUUCCUUUAUGAUGGUGCAUUGAGACAUAUCUCUACCUUAGUUAUUUGUUUUAGUAUGAGCUUUGAUAUUUCCUAUGCAGUAUGAUGAGUGUUCUCCUUUUAUUCUUAAGUCAGAUGUAGUCCAUAUAUUGGUAAUGUGCUGUUUAAUUGAGGGAAGACAAAUAAUUUGGGAAUAGUUUCUAGCUUUCUAUAGUUUGGAAUGUGAUCUAAAUGAAUGACAAUGUUAAUUAUUCCCCUAAUUGAGGUAUGCAGUAAGUUACCAUUUUUUCUCUGUGGAAAUUUUGCAUUAUCUUUACGUGCUUUUCAAAUAUUGGUCACUUCAAACAAAACCUUUGUAUCGGUUGUAAUUUGGUUAUAAAUUUGUAUAUUCCAUAGCAAGUUUAUAGUGAUUGCUUUCGUCUUUCCUGUAUUACCAUGUCAAAUUGGCUCUGUCAGGCAUUCUAUUCUUAUGAAUUUAUAACGCAGUCAGCAUCGGUAUGUCAUAUCUCAUUAGAAAAUUGACAUUGUGUUAUGAAGUAAAAUAUAUUCUUGAAUGCACAUUUGCAUACAGCACAUGUGUUUCAACAGACAGACGUUUAAGACUCAACUUCUUGUGUUUUAUUACGGUAAAUAAAGAUUAUAUGUAUCAGUUAUUCACAAGAAUAUAUGCACUAUGUAAUACUCAAAUGCAUUUCAAAUAUUUUGAAAGACUCGUUUUCCUGUCAGUAGCCUGUUAAAUUGACUGCAAGGAAUGCUUGAGGCUUUUUUGAGAUUUUGAAAGCCAUGCACUAGAAUAUAAUAACCACUCUAAAUAAGUUUACUUUACAGAGCAUUGAUGAGUUACGCAGAAACCCCAUCAAAAAUGACUAAAAACUUGAUCAUGGUGGUCAUCUCUUUUAAGUAAUCUUUCAUCUCUAUGGGUGUGGACAACCCGUUGAAUCUCUGUCGACUCCACUACUCAUUCCUAAUUGGGUAUGUGGAUUAUCUGUCUUUUAUAAAAAAUAUACACUGAAGAAGUACUACUCAUACUUUGCAUAUUCUUUCCCUUUGAUCAGGGUUUAAGAAUGUCUUUUGACUAUGGAGUCCAAUUCACUGACCGUUGCUCUAAGAAUAUUGUUUAUUUGAUCUUCCCUUAAAGAUGAUCGAUUCAAGAUAAUCCUGACUAUCUUUAACAUUCAUAUACACUUUGAAAAAGAAAUGUCUGCUCCUAGGAUUGAGUAGGUUUGUUGAGUGGUGAGUGCUUAAUUGUUGUCUUAUUCACAACCGAAUGAUGUUUGUCAUCGCGAAAGAAUCUAAACUAUUGUGAGCUUUCAGGAUAGCAUUUUCAAAACACUUUAAAUGUUCUUUCACUCGGUAAUAAACACAAAUGAGGCCUUUUCCAUAAGUGAAA